GCCAUCUUGUUCCCAGGGGCAGUUGGCGGAAGAGAUCGUGCUCCCUGGCUCUCCGCUCUCCUUUGCGCCCGGCGUCCUCGCGGCUUGCGUUUGCUGUGCGCCCCGGGCCCGGGGUCCGUGUGUCGGCGUCCCAGUUACAGUCCCACGCUCGGCUGGGGCACAACGCAGCGGGCUCCCCGGCCCGACGGCCUUCCAUGGAGUAGGUCCGGGACCGUUGUCCCGAAGAGCGCGAUCGAGCUUGGGCCUCCCCCCCCCCCCCCCCCCCCCCCUCCUGCCGCGGCAACAUGGCUAACAACAGCCCCGCGCUAACAGGCAACUCGCAACCGCAGCACCAGGCGGCCGCGGCCGUGGCCCAGCAGCAGCAGCCAUGCGGCGGCGGCGGCGCCACCAAGCCGGCGGUGUCGGGCAAACAGGGCAACGUGCUGCCGCUGUGGGGCAACGAGAAGACCAUGAACCUCAACCCCAUGAUCCUCACCAACAUCCUGUCGUCGCCUUACUUCAAAGUGCAGCUUUACGAGCUCAAGACCUACCACGAGGUGGUGGACGAGAUCUACUUUAAGGUCACACAUGUUGAGCCAUGGGAGAAAGGAAGCAGGAAGACAGCUGGCCAGACGGGGAUGUGCGGAGGGGUUCGAGGUGUUGGAACAGGAGGCAUUGUUUCUACCGCUUUUUGCCUGUUGUACAAAUUAUUCACCCUGAAGUUAACUCGAAAGCAAGUGAUGGGUCUCAUAACACAUACAGACUCUCCAUAUAUCAGAGCUCUUGGAUUUAUGUAUAUAAGGUAUACACAGCCCCCUACAGACCUGUGGGACUGGUUUGAGCCCUUCCUUGACGACGAGGAGGACCUAGAUGUGAAAGCUGGUGGAGGCUGUGUAAUGACCAUUGGAGAGAUGCUUCGCUCCUUUCUCACAAAACUGGAGUGGUUUUCUACAUUGUUUCCAAGAAUUCCAGUUCCAGUUCAGAAGAAUAUUGAUCAACAGAUUAAAACCCGGCCUAGGAAAAUGAAGAAAGAUGGCAAGGAAGGGGUUGAGGAGAUAGACAGACAUGUUGAGCGCCGGCGGUCCAGAUCUCCAAGGAGAUCACUGAGUCCGCGGAGAUCUCCAAGAAGAUCAAGAAGUAGAAGUCAUCACCGGGAGGGCCAUGGAUCUUCUAGUUUUGACAGAGAAUUAGAAAGAGAGAAAGAACGGCAGCGACUAGAGCGGGAAGCCAAAGAGAGAGAGAAGGAAAGACGAAGAUCCCGAAGUAUUGAUCGGGGGUUAGAGCGCAGGCACAGCCGGAGUAGGGAAAGGCAUAGAAGUCGCAGUCGAAGUCGUGAUAGGAAAGGGGAUAGAAGAGACAGGGAUCGGGAAAGGGAGAAAGAAAAUGAGAGAGGUCGAAGACGAGAUCGAGAUUAUGAUAAGGAGAGAGGAGAAAGGGACCGGGAGAGAUCGAGAGAGCGCUCCAAGGAGCAGAGGAGUAGGGGUGAGGGAGAGGAGAAGAAGCACAAAGAAGACAAGGAGGAUAGGCGACACAGAGACGACAAAAAAGAUUCCAAGAAAAAACACAGCAGAAGUAGAAGCAGAGAAAGGAAACACAGAAGUAGAAGCAGAAGCAGAAAUGCAGGGAAACGGAGCAGGAGCAAAGACAAGUCAAGCAAACAUAAAAACGAAAGCAAAGAAAAGUCAAAUAAAAGAAGUAGAAGUGGCAGCCAAGGAAGAACUGGCAGUGUGGAAAAAUUGAGGAAACGAGAACACAGCCCUAGCAAAGAGAAGUCUAGAAAGCGCAGUCGAAGCCAAGACCGCUCCCACAAGAGAGAUCAUGGGGAUGGCAAGGACCAGUCAGACAGACAGGAUCAUCAGAGGAGCCAGAGUGUAGAGCCAGAGAGCCAAGAAAGAGAACAUAAAAACAAAGAUGAGACUGUGUGAAGAUUUUGUAAAAUUGGAUCACAUUGAAUCCUAUAAAUGUUGAUUAAAUUCUGCUUUUUUUCCCCCCAAAUUAAGAUUGUGCAGUAGUUAUGCACUCUGAGCUCCCUGUAGGCUGUGUUUUCAUUUCUUUUUGUGUAGGGAAGUGCCUUUGUAAUCCCAUAUAUUGCAUUGAUGUUUUCACCCAGUUGAGUUGACACAUGAUGCACAGAUUGUUCUUGCAUUUUUGUUUGUUUUUAAAAUGUACAGUCUGUACAUAUGUCCUGAAAAUGUUUUAAUUCCUUUGGCAUGGUUGCCAUGUUGGUUAAAUUUGUAUAAGGCAAUAAACUGCCACUAAUUCUAUUUUUGUUUUGUAGGUGUGGGAUUAUGGUUGUGUACUGAAGUUAGCAUGGCUGUGCUUUUCAUAAUAGAAUGCUAAAGACUUUGGGAAUGGAUCUUGGAUGUUUGUUUUAGGAGAAUUAUGUGCUUUCAAUAUACAUGAAGGCAACAGUUGUAGGGUUAACAUUCUUGUCCACUGUAUAUUACCUUGGAAGCUCUUGUUAAUAUGUUAUACUUAAUAUUCUCCACAGCUAAUGUUAGAGAAAAUUUAUGAGAGGUUUAAAUUAGGCUGUGAUUGAUCAAAAGUCCUUUUAGCAUUCUACCUCAAAGGGACAUUGUUAGUAUGCCUAAAAUUUAUUCACUUAGUUUCUUUUUUAAAAAAUACAUUGACAUGUGCUUUUCCCCUCCUUGAAUUCUUUCUCAGAUUUUAAAAGUACUAUAUUAAAAGCCGUGUAAAGCCUGGCAUUGCAGCAGCCCUAUACUAACAAGUGAUGGGGAGAGGGUGGGGCACGCGGGCAGAGAAGCAUUCAAGCCUCAAGCUUCCAAAGCAUUUUUAUAAAUGGAGAAUACUUAAAUUAUGAAACAGCUUGAUAUAGUAUCCUUUUUUUAAAAUUGAAAACUUUUUUUAUUGAUGAAGACUGCUGUUUGAGUUUUUAAACUUAAUCUAGGAACAGUAUAACAGUAAUGCAGUGCUGCGUUAUUUAAGACUAUCAGCAGAUUAUUUGAUAGAUUGUUCUUAUGACUUGUAUUCUGAUUUCAGAAAACCAUCAUGAGUAUGGAAUAAAUACUGGAUUAAAUCCUUUA